AACGUCAUAUUCCCAUUUCCUCAUGUUGAACUAUCACGUGGUGUGGUGAUGACGAGGCUGGUGGUGUUUUGACAACCAACCAUCGUGGCUAUAACCUCUGGGGACCCCCGGACAGGUGUUGGAGAAAGUUUAGGUUUAACACAUUCUUGGUCGCGCCUCUAAACUGGAUAUGAUUUAGUGCACACACUUUUGUACUGCUAGGCAUCAGAUGUUAUAAUUUACACGCAUUUAUUGUCGAGUUGGCGGUCCCUAGUCAUCCAUUGCUGUGUUAGCCGUGGGACUAGUGUCCAUUUAAACUAAAUAUUACGAUCAUUCACUCAGGUCCCAUAAAGAAUGACUUCCACACCUUCAAGCGCACCUCACGCUGAUAAGGAACUUGACCUGUCUAAUAAUUCUCGUGGCGUGUGGCUUGUCAAAGUUCCUAAAUACAUAAGCCAGAAAUGGGACAAGGCCCCUGGAAAUAUUGAAGUUGGGAAGCUAAGGAUAUCCAAGAGUGUUGGACAGAAGGCUGCCGUAUCUCUUGCUAUGGCAGAUUCCAUGCUUGCUCCAGAAGCAGGGCAGUUGCCCAUACCCAAGGACCAUCGCCUAGAUGUGCAAAUUGUAGAACGGCAGAUGCUGGGUGUAUUUUCAUACUCUGUUCCCUCGAAUUCAGAUGCUGUAGUUCCUGAGACUGAAAAGCUUAGCUUAGAAGGACGAGUCCAGCAGAAACUUGAGUGCAGGCCUUAUGCUGAUAAAGGAUAUAUGCGACUGAAACUUGAGACUUUUCGGAAAGCAGCGGAGCCUACCCGCAAGGUCCAACAAUUGGAUCGUGUUGUGCAGAAUUAUAAGCCUGUUUCCAAUCAUAAGCACAAUAUUGAGUUUGAAGAGAAAAGGAAAGCUGAGGGCAAGAAGGCUCGUGAUGAUAAGAAUGCUGUCCUAGACAUGAUGUUUGCAGCAUUUGAAAAGCAUCAGUAUUACAAUAUAAAAGAUCUCGUUCGUAUUACCAAGCAGCCUGUGACAUAUCUUAAGGAAAUUCUGAAGGAAGUCUGUGAUUAUAACAUAAAAAAUCCCCACAAGAACAUGUGGGAAUUGAAACCAGAAUAUAGACAUUACAAGGAUGAUCAACCUCCUGCAGAAGAAAAAGAUGACAAGUCAGAUUCAGACUGAAUUAUGAAUUAUACUACCAUUUACAUAACUUUACUUGGAUAAUAGUUUUAUGUGAUCAAAAGAUUUAUUUAUCAUAUGUUGUGAAGUUAUAUAUAUCUUUAAAUAUCAAUAAAUAUAUAUUAUAUUGUUUGUA